UGUAGAUGUUUAGAAACAAUUACUUCAGAGCAUGCUUGACGAACAUCUUCCCCUUCAAUUAGUCGAUUCCCCCACCAUCAAAAAUGCAAGUGACGACAGUGUAAGAAAGAAGGAGGUACUUUAGAAAAUAUUUACAUUUAUUUAAUCCCUUCAUUCCCCUCCUUUACUUUAAUUUUUACAAUCUGUGUAAUUGUUACAAACUUUCCGGUCCCCGACUCGACCCGAUUGAGAUCUCAGGACCUGCACACCCUCAGCUAUUACCAUUAAAAAAAAUAAUCAUUGGACAUUUAAAAACUAUACACGAUUUAAGAAAAUAUAGCUGGUAUAGAGAAAGACCUGGAUUUGCCUAUUUUCCCACUGUACACCCGUGCUAUUGAUUCGUGGUGUACAAGCAAUACAUUUUUGAGGCUUCUCUACCCCUCUUGAGGGUGUUCAUGUUGAAUAUAUUCUAUCCCCUACCCUGUCUGCAUUGCACAGGUGUAAGGAAAAAAAAGGAAGAAAAGAGAAAAGAAAUAGCGGAGUUGUGGAGCUGCUGUAGUAACCACACGAACUUCUCAAUCUGGUAGUGAUUCAAUUACCAUUAUCCUACGUCGGUGUGCCGUUCGUUUAGCCUAUUUGGUGUAUUAAUUAAUUAAAUCACGAUCACUGAAGAUCAAGAGCCCCGUCGCGAUGGAUUUGAAAGAAGAAGACGACGGUGGGAACGAAAGUGGCAGGCAGCUGUUUUUGGUAGGUGCUCCGCGUGAUCCGUUGGUAUCAACCGGUGCUAUCGUCGCUUCCUCUGGAGCACCAGACGAAAUAAACUCCGGGGAUCUGCAGUCGACCGCUCUGGCUAGUCUGAUAGGAGCACAAUCGUCUUCGGUUUGCUUUCCAACAAAAUUCUCCUACGACUUUUCACAAAGUCCCGGAAGCGAGGACAGACAAUCGUCCGGAGUUGGCAAAAGAAAGCAGCGGAGAUAUCGCACUACGUUCACGAAUUUUCAGUUGGAGGAGUUGGAGAGAGCCUUUCAGAAAACACACUAUCCCGAUGUCUUCUUUCGGGAGGAACUUGCGCUGCGUAUCCAGUUGACGGAGGCCAGAGUGCAGGUAUGGUUUCAAAACAGAAGAGCAAAAUGGCGAAAGCAAGAAAAACAGUGUAAAGUAACGCCUCACUUAACUUCGCAUUUGCCGCCAUCGGACUGUCAGGAAAUCCAACAACAGCAGCAACAGCAGCAGCAACAGCAGUCGGAUCAUUUGCUGCUGGAACCGCCAUUGGGCAGUCCGCCACCUAUAUAUCUUGGCAUGGAAUGGGCUGGAUUUUCGCCAUACAGUAAUACAGCCACUGCAUCGCCUCUUGUAGUCAAUAGUAUGAACAAACCGUUAGAAUUGGAAUCAGAUGACAAUCCCCUGUUGGAUCCAGAACUAUUGCAACUAAAAACUCCACGUUCCUAAUGAUACCACUUCCGAGUCUAUUUACCAUAGUGUAGGGUGCCAAGAAUAUUACUUUUAGAAGAGAACAUCUCUACUGUAAAUGACCACUUACAAUGUCACUUGAGUUUCGUCGUAU